UUGACUCCACACAAAAUCCAAUAUACAAAUCUUUAUAUAUAUAUAAGAUGAAGCCUAAACAUGUUGCCCAGCUGAUCGCAAUACUAAUGCUGGUCUUCUGUUAUAGUUACGUAGCUGCAGAACAUCAGAAGAAGACGUAUAUCGUUCACAUGGACAAGUCUCUGAUGCCAUUGCCAUUUUCAAACCACUUGAAAUGGUAUGAAACGACAAUGAAAUCAGUGUCCAUGGCGAAUAAUAUAUUGUAUACCUACGACACCGUCAUUCAUGGUUUCUCCACGAGGCUAACCGUUGAAGAAGUUAAGCUGCUUAAACAACAACACGGGAUUUUGUCUGUUCAUGAAGAGAAGAUAUAUGAGCUUCAUACUACACGGUCACCCGAGUUUGUUGGACUAGAACGAAACAACAUGGUGCUUCCUGAGUUCAGCUCGGGUGGAAAUGAUGUGAUUGUUGGUGUAGUGGACACGGGUAUCUGGCCUGGGACUAAGAGCCUAGAUGAUACUGGUCUUGGCCCAAUCCCUAGAAGGUGGAAGGGAACGUGUGAGACCGGCAAAGGGUUCAGCAAAUCAAGCUGUAACCGAAAACUAAUAGGUGCCAGGUACUUCUUUAAAAGAUAUGAAGCAUCGCUUAACGGGUCAAUUGAACAGAAUGGUGAAUCCAAGUCUCCUUUGGAUGAUGCAGGACAUGGAACACAUACCGCUACUACAGCAGUUGGUAGUCCAGUAACAAACGCUAGUCUUUUUGGUUAUGCGCGUGGAAUUGCACGUGGGAUGGCUCCAAAGGCUAGGUUAGCAGUUUAUAAAGCAUGUUGGCUUACUGAUUGUUUUGAAACUGACAUACUAGCUGCGUUAGAAAAGGUGAUCACUGAUGGUGUCGAUGUGUUAUCAGUGUCACUUGGAGGGUCUCUUGCUGGUUAUGACCAAGACAGCGUUGCUCUCGUUACAUUUGUAGCAGUAUCCCAGGGAAUAUUUGUAGCAUUCUCUGCAGGAAAUGAGGGGCCCACUCCUAAAAACAUAAAAAAUGUUGCCCCGUGGAUAACUACCGUUGGAGCAGGAACUGUAGACCGUGAUUUUCCUGCUUAUGUUACCCUUGGGAAUGGAAAGACAUUCAAAGGGAUAUCUCUUUUCACUGGAAAUCCAUUACCAAAUUCCUUCAUGCCACUGGUCUUUGCUGGUAAUGUCAGUAACAAUACUGGUAGUAGUGGAUGUUACCCGGGUUCCUUGCCACCAGGAAGUGUUGCCGGCAAAAUUGUGAUGUGUGAAGUUAAUGCUUAUUCAGGUGCGCAAAAGGGUAUGGUGGUAAAGGCAGCUGGUGGUGUAGGUAUGAUCCUAGCGAAUCCUGUUUACAGUUUAAAAGAGGUUGAGGUCGACCUCCACUUUCUACCAACAGCGUCCGUAGAUAAGAAAGCUCAUGACGUGAUAAAGAGCUAUAUAGCCUCGGAUCAUAAUCCAAAGGCUAAAAUUACAUUUGGGGGAACCAAAUUAGGGGUCCAACCAUCCCCCUUGGUACCGAAAUUCAGUUCCAGGGGUCCAAAUCCAAUUACACCAAAAAUCCUUAAACCUGAUAUCUUAGCACCAGGGGUGACUAUUCUAGCUGGUUGGACAGGUAAAAGGAGUCCUACUCAACUAAAAGAUGAUCCUCGACGAGUGGAAUUUAACAUCGAGUCAGGAACAUCAAUGGCAUGCCCACACAUAAGUGGGUUGGCAGCAUUGGUCAAAGCAGCCCACCCUAAAUGGAGCCCAGCAGCAAUAAGAUCAGCAUUUAUGACCACUGCCUAUUAUACACACAAAAAUGGUAAGGAAAUACUAGAUGUUGCAACCGGAAAGCCAGCAACCCCCUUUGAGCAGGGUGCAGGAUAUGUUGACCCAGUUUCGGCCCUUGAUCCCGGCCUUGUCUAUGAUGCCUCCACUAUUGACUACCUCAAUUUCCUUUGUGCUUUAAAUUACAGUUCUACUACUAUCAAGAUAUAUUCAGGAGGAGAAUUUGCAUGUAUCAAGGGAAAGAAGUACAGGGUGGAAGAUCUUAACUAUCCAUCUUUUGCAGUUCCUUUACCAAAGGCUUCAAAUGGAAGUUCUGGGCAAACCAUUGUUAAGUACACAAGGACUCUGACUAAUGUUGGCACUCCAGAAACAUACAGGGUUGUAGUAUCCUCAAAGACUGUGGCUGUGAAAAUCAAAGUAGAGCCAGAAGUGCUAAAAUUCGUCAAGAAAAAUGAGAAGAAGGUGUAUACUGUGACCUUCACUGCUACUUCUUUGCCUUCAGGAAGUAUCAGCUAUGGUCGUCUUGUAUGGACUGGUGGAAAAUACACUGUUAGCAGUCCAAUUGCUUUUAGCUGGGAGUGAUUACAGAGUACCACAACAUUGUCUACAUAAUUAACCAAUGUAGUGCAGGGUGGUCCAUAUAUGGAAGUGCAUUAAUAUAGAAAUAAAUAUUAGUUUAAAGAGCGUUCAAGUGUUUGGAUGUUUGUUGUAACUCUAUGACGUUAUAUACAUAUAUAUAUAUAUAUAAUGCUUGCAAAAA